AGACAGCGUGUGUCUGUCGCCUGCAUGGCGUGUCGCGCAAAGCGCAUGCGGCCUAUAUGUGGUCCUUGUGCGCGUAAAGCCCUUGAGUGCAUCUAUCAGCAUACGGAGAACAAGCGCAGGCCACCCAGCAAGAAGUACGUCGAGUCCUUACAGGCUCGCAUCCGGCAUUUGGAGUCUCAACUCAUGCUCGUGGACGAGCAGAAGACAUUCGGCUCAAACGUCACUGACACCAUUGGCCCGGAGCACUACGAAUGCGAAGACGAGGGCGAGGAUUCCGAUGACGACCAUGAAGACCCCUUUUCCGAGCUGACUGGUCUCGUUGGACGUCCCGCUCUUGUUGAUGAUGGACAAUUGCAUUACUUUGGCUCGCAAAGCUCCUUGAAUCUGCCCAAGCAGCCUCCUUGUGCAACCACAGUGCCAGACCCAUGGACAAGGAUCCAGAGUCAAGGGCUCGCUGCAGCAGCCCAGCUUGGUGCUCUUAUCACCGUGCCAAAUGAACUCGAGGAGCACCUCUUGGAUUUGUACUGGAGAUGGCAGAAUCCUUGGAAUUAUAUCGUAGACAAAAGCGCGUUCUUGAAGAGCCGACAGGGUUUUGACGAUGGGCGCUAUUGCUCACCACUACUUCUUUCUGCCAUCUUUGCCAUCUCUGCGCGUUACUCAGACCGUCCCGAGCUGCGGACGAUCGCUCAUGACCCAAGCACCUCGGGUAACGCUUUUUGCGAGCAAGCCAAGAUUUUACUUCUGUACGAAAAUGAAGCGCCUUCUGUCACCACUGUCCAGGCCGCGGCGAUAUUGGCCCUACGAAUAAUGUCAGAUGGUAAAGAAGCCCUUGGAUGGCUGUAUUGUGGUAACGCGAUCAGGAUGGCUCACAACCUUGGGUUGCAUAUGGAUUGCUCUGCGUGGGUCGCGGCAGGUCUCAUCUCUGAAGAAGAAGCAGAGGUCCGCAAAGUUACAUGGUGGGGAUGUUUCGUCGUGGACAAUUAUGCCCCAAACAGCAAAUUCACUGUCAGCGACAUCGAAGGAAUCGUGACCAAAGCAGAUAUGGAUCUUCGAACAUACUACCGCGCACUGCCCAGUCAUCUACGCCUACCAUGUUCGCCCAAAACAGCGGCACUCCCUCAUGUAUAUCUUUCCCAGUAUGUUUCCAGCCUUGAUUCCAGUGAUAUGGCAGAUGUUCAUAAGACUCCAUAUCAGAACAACAGACAUAUGGAGAUAUGUCGCUACUCUGCAACCCAGAUUGCAAAGUUGAUGCAGAGGCUCAAGCAGCAUUACACUCUACGUCAAAUACCAAUUGCUGCCGUGCACCUCUCAUUCGCGGCUGCUGUCAUUCUCCUUAUCGAUGCACAUCCGGCAAACCCAGAUCGGCAUCAAUCCAUUCGUGAUCUCGAGUUGUGUGUGGAUGCACUCCGCGAUCUACGAAAACCUUGGUGUGCAUGGGCCGAUCGGUACCUCAGAAGUGUACAUCUUCUAGCCCUGGACUGGUACCGUUGCAACGAUAUCUUGCAGCUGAAGAGC